AUGGCAACACUGCGCCGAUCGAGUCUCAUACCUGCGAAGAAGCAGCUAGAGGAGAAGUCCGAGGAUAGCAUCGAUGUGUACGACGACGGCAAAAGCCUCAGUCGAGAUAAAUUGGCGGCGGCUUUUGUCUGCAUGCUUGGGUGCAUGAUUCAGUGUGCGUCACUGACCGUACUUCAACCAUUCUUCCCAGGAGUCGCUCAAUCUCGGGGGAACGAUGUGACGGAGAUCGGGAUCGUAUUUUCGGUUUACCCCUUCAUCGGUUUCAUCUCGAGCCCGAUCAUCGGAAAGAUAUUAUCGAAAGACGGCUCGACGAAGAAUAUGCUGAUUCAAGGACUACUAUUGGACGGGAUCUUCAUUUGCCUCAUGAUUCCGACGACCUUCCUCAAGAGCCCGGCCAUCUUCUUCUUGAGCACAACUGCGAUCCGCGCCGUAGAAGCCCUCGGAUAUUCGAUGUCGCUGACAUGUUAUUAUACAUUGAUUUCCACCGAGUUCCCUGACGAUAUUUGCAUUCUCAUUCCCCUCGUCGAGACCUUGUUCGGUCUCGGCGUGAUGCUCGGACCCGCGAUAGGUGAACUCCUGUACAAGAUCGGAGGCUAUUACCUACCCUUGAUGACUUUGGGGAUCGUCACAAUAUUUUUCGCGGGUGUCUCCUACAUGCUCUUACCGAAAUGGGCUACAAAAAUCACGAUCUGCGCUGACAAAGAUGAAGCUCGCAGCGGAAUGGGAACUAUCUUGAGAGAUCCGCGCGCUCUGUGGAGUUUGCUCAUCGUGGCUGCUGCCUGCACCGCUAACGGAUUCAAUGUCACAACUCUGGCGUUAUACGUCAAACCGUUCGGUCUCUCCACGGUCAUGGCCUCGGUCGUCUAUACCACGUACGGCGUUUUCUACGCUAUCUUCAGUUUCAUAUCCGGCUUCUUGUGCAAAAUAAUCCGAGACUGCCGGGUUAUGGUCAUCAGCGGAGCUCUGUGCCACGUGGUAGGCAUGUGUCUGUUGGGACCGCUACCCUUCAUCCCGAUAAAAACUAGCGUGAGGCUCAUCAUCUUGGGACAAGCUCUGAUCGGAAUCGGUCACGGAGGCAUUUUCAACUGCGCGUACAUCCAUUUCUUGCGACACUCUGUGGAUAACCUCGGAUUUCCCGACAAUGAUCGAACCUACGCUCUGGUAGCGGGCCUAGUAUCGACGGCUUUUUUCUUCGGCUCUUUCGCCGGACCGAUUUUCGGGGGAGUCGCCAUGGACACCAUGGGCUACAAAGUGGGGACCCUUGUGAUGGCGGGAACGGUGCUCUCCGUGACGGUCCCCUUGACAAUUUACUACGUUUUCGACGUUCUAAAGCCUGAGAUCCUGAAGCCGGUCGGCAUACGAGGAAUGAGUUUUGAUCUGGGCCAGGCACGGAGAGUCUCUCAGGCCUGA